GUUAAAAUGGAGAUUUUUUUCUGGCAGUCAAAGGGUUAAGGUCUUUUUGCUUUACCAGUUUCAAAUUACAAUGAGAAGCCUCUUCUUUCCCAGCAGGGUUGUGCUUACAUUAGUCUUUAGAUCUCUCUUGAAGAGGCUGGUAUAUUUGUGCCUGCUGGAGGUGGAAAUAACAGUAAGAAGGAGAAAGGAGUUGAAUGGACUUUCGAGAAGGUUUGCAAGUAAACUCAGGAAAACACAUUUACUUUACUAGUACAACCUUAAGUCUCAUUUUACACUAAGAGGACCCAAAAGAUGUUAAAGUUAUCACCAAGCUGCCGGAAAAAUACAUAUGACAGCACCAAGGUGCAGAUCAGGAUAGAUCUGUGAUUCAGGACUUUGUCUUGGAAAGAACACAAGGGUUGUGAAGAAGUUUAAAACAAGUGAAGAUAACUCUGGGAACUGCAGUUUAUCAGAAGAUCAACUUUUGUUAAUCCAAACACCAAAGAGCUGAUUGCUUUACAUUUCUAUAGGAAUGCAUAGGUCAUUUGACCAAAUCAUAUUAGCCGUCUUCUGCUACAUAAAUGCAGUACAAACUAUAACAACUGUGGAUAAUUGGAAAUCCGAGUUUCAACUUUCUUAGGAAUAAUCGCAACUUGACAUAUUCCAAAAUACUUAAAAUAGAAAAGGAAAAUCAUUAAGGAUGUUGUCUUUAGAAAAGUCACUGACAUGAAGAAUAGGUAAAUUUGUUUUUCAGCUGCUGGGGAACUAUACCUCUCAGGAACUCAAAUUUUAAGAGAAUAAGAAUUAAGAACAACCACCAAAAACAAACAAACAAACAAACUUUUCCUUUUGGGAAAAAAUGCAUUUGACUGUACUUUUAGUUAGGGGUAUUGUUGGUUUGCUAUGGAGCUGCUGGGUUCUAGGAGGUUAUGCAAAAGGAGGAUUAGGAGAUAAUCAUGUUCACUCCAGUUUUAUUUAUAGGAGGCUACGGAAUCAUGAAAGAAGGGAAAUUCAGAGGGAAAUUCUUUCUAUUUUGGGCUUACCUCACAGACCCAGACCAUUUUCACCUGGAAAACAAGCUUCUUCUGCUCCUCUUUUUAUGCUGAAUCUGUACAAUGCCAUGACAAAUGAAGAAGAUGCCGAGGAGGAGUUGGAAUAUUCAAUAAGGGGAUCCAUGGGAAGAGAAACCAGAGGAGUAAGAAAGGGAUACCCUGCAUCUCCCAAUGGAUAUUCUCAGAGAAUACAAUUAUCUCGCACUCCACCUCUGACCACCCAAAGUCCUCCUUUGGCAAGCCUACAUGAUACCAACUUUUUGAAUGAUGCUGACAUGGUCAUGAGCUUUGUCAAUUUAGUCGAAAGAGACAAGGAUUUUUCUCAUCAGCGAAGGCACUAUAAAGAGUUUCGGUUUGAUCUUACACAAAUUCCUCAUGGAGAAGCAGUGACAGCUGCUGAAUUCCGGAUAUAUAAAGACCGCAGCAACAAUCGAUUUGAAAAUGAAACUAUUAAGAUUAGCAUAUAUCAGAUCAUCAAGGAAUACCCAAAUAGGGAUGCAGACCUGUUGCUGUUAGACACGAGAAUGGUCCCAGCUCUCUAUGUGGGUUGGCUAGUCUUUGAUAUCACUGUGACCAGCAAUCACUGGGUGAUUAAUCCACAGAACAAUCUGGGUUUGCAGCUCUGCGCAGAAACAGGGGAUGGGCGCAGUAUUAAUGUUAAAUCAGCUGGACUUAUAGGAAGACAUGGACCUCAAUCCAAACAGCCUUUCAUGGUUGCAUUCUUCAAGGCAAGUGAAGUCCUUCUCCGAUCUGUCCGAGCAGCUAACAAAAGGAAAAAUCAGAAUCGAAAUAAAUCAAAUAGUCAUCAGGAUUCAUCAAGAAUGUCCAGUGUUGGAGAUUAUAAUACAAGUGAACAAAAACAAGCCUGCAAGAAACAUGAACUCUAUGUGAGCUUUCGAGAUUUAGGGUGGCAGGAUUGGAUUAUUGCUCCGGAGGGCUAUGCUGCUUUCUAUUGUGAUGGAGAAUGCUCUUUUCCAUUGAAUGCCCAUAUGAAUGCUACCAAUCAUGCCAUAGUUCAAACUCUGGUUCAUCUGAUGUUUCCUGACCAUGUACCUAAGCCUUGCUGUGCACCAACUAAGCUGAAUGCAAUCUCUGUACUGUAUUUUGAUGACAGUUCUAAUGUUAUUCUGAAAAAAUAUCGAAAUAUGGUUGUGCGCUCAUGUGGUUGUCACUGAAAUUAAGUGAUAAUAUCAUAGCAACAAUAUUAAAUUUUAAACUAAAGUUUAUCAGACUGCAAUU